AUGUCUCAAUCAGCUCCUCUAGAAGUGAAGCUCGACACACUGCGAGGGAAGGCAUACGCCUCGCGGAAUGCUAAUGAUUACAGUGCUCAUUCCGGUAGCGGCCUUUGGAUGUGCGGCGAUCGACCUCUCGUUGACUGGCAGUUGACACUACGGCAGACCAGGGAUCGAACCUGGGACCUCUCGGUGCCGGAGGAGAGCCUUCAUAUUGAUGAGCAAUAUAAGGAUUGCAAAUACGGCAACAUAGCUGACUGUUGGUCGAUGGUCGGCAGUGUGGCGGCCAACAGGUUCACCCCUAAGGACUCAAGCCCUUGCUGGCGACGGUAUCAUCAGCGAUCGGCUGUUAGCUUUGAUCGUAUAAAAGAGAACAGUAUUCGGGAGGACCGAAAUGACGGGCGGCAGGAGACGACCCCCAUUGACCGGGUGCCGGACAGGCGGUCGGGCGCACUGCCGAUACGCCAUCUUAGAGAGGACCUUCCUUACGACUCAACACGGUAUCCCGGCUGUGAAGGGACGGUGCUGCAGAAUUGGAGGCAUCUUGUCCAUCCUGGCAAGACUCGCACUAUGCUGCGGCAUGAGACUACUUUACGAGAUGGGCCUUCUAGUGAGGAGGGCGCCGCUGAGGAGAAGAGGGCUUCUAGGAGGUUACAGAGGCUGCAGGGGCUUACCCUACCUAUCAAGUCUAGUGAGGCGGUGCCGGCCUUGGACUGUAACCAGAAGGGGUGCUUAGGUGCUCGCCACAUGGUGUAUGCCCAUCUAGAGGAGCCCUCCUUGCACUGGAUAACCCUCAAUGUCUACCGCCUGUACAACAUCCUUAUUGUCAUCAGCGUUAUAACUUCGGUGCUGGUCACUUUACCUGUUCCCGAUACGUUGGCCUACGACACUCGGGAUGGCUUGGAGGUUGCCGAGACAGUCUUCAACGUUAUCUUCCUCUUGGAGAUAGUGACCCCUCCGGAGCUCCAGAAGCGCUCCCAGGAUUGGAUCUCACAUGUGGAACUCAAUCCUGGGAGCACUAUUGAAAUUCAGAAAGAAUAUAUGCCGGCUAUGCGAAUGCUGAAACUGACGCGUUACAGCACUGGCUGGCGACUUCUGGUCAUCAGCCUGUCCCUCAGCAUGGACGCUCUCAGGGUGCCCAUGCUGAUGUUGAUAUUCCUGGUAACAUGGUUUGCCUCGAUCAUAUACUGGGUGGAGGACGUUACCUUGCCCGACACAGCCCGGCCUGCUGCUGCCUUCGCCUCUCUGCCUCAUGCCAUGUGGUUUUCUAUAGUCACCAUCAGCACUGUGGGAUAUGGUGAUACGGCUCCGGCAACUGAUGGAGGCCGGGCCAUCUCAGCCUUGCUCAUCAUAGUCGGCGCGUCCUAUAUGGCCCUGCCGUUGAACAUCGUCGGGGGACCUGGUGAUGGCAUACGGGUUAGCGACAAGCUCCUCAUCAUUGACAAGAUCCAGCAGAGGCUCUCAAGAAGGCGAAUAACGCGAGAUCGACUUUACGAGGUAUUCGCGACUAUGGACGAGGAUGGUUCGGGUGUCAUUGACAUUACUGAGUUCGAGCACAUGCUGAAUCGCCACUUCAGGCUGGGCAUGCCGACUCACAGCAUUCUGCGUCUCUUCCGUACUAUUGACGCUGAUGGUGAAGGGAAGAUUUCAUUUGAUGAGUUUUGCAGCUGCCUGUUUCCCGAGCUGGUCAAUCCUGAGAUGUCCUUCCCAACUAGAGCGUCGGUUUUCCGCAAUCGCCGAGCAUCUUAUGCCAGCAGUGGAAGAGCCUCUGUGAUGCGGGUGGUUCCUGAUAAUGAUUUCGACCCGCUAGAAGCCGAGAUAGAGGCAUCGAAAGCUGGUGCGGCUAGGGUCGGUUCUUCUGAAGGGCAGUACUUGAGGGAACUGGAAGAUACCAAGGCGGCGGAGACAGCUCACUAUGCGGCUGUCCUUGAUCGGCUUAGCCGUUUCGAGCGAGAAUUGGAGUCGACCCGACGGGAUAUGAGAAGGAUAGCCGAGGUUGUUGAGGGGAUAGCUGAGAGCCUGAGGGGAAGAGACCACCGCGGGGGCGCCGUCCAUACUGACGAUCCUAUCAACGUCGAGGAUGCCAUAUUCCAGCAGCGAGUGGGAUACCUUCCCUAUGGAAGGUUUGACGACCCGGCUUCCCAGCGCUACUCUUUCUAA